CACGUCAACCUUUUUGAUCAAAGGGGAUGAAAAGUCGUGAAUGGCGUCGUCACAUGAGCCUCUCGCUAAUUUAACCUCUCACCAGUGACACUCCGUUCCUCUUCACUUUCUUUCUUCCGUAUACCAUCUUUGUGAUUCUCUCUCUCUCGAAGCUUUGUAAACUAUGGCUUCAUCUAGGAAGAAGGUUUUGAUCCCUAUCGCUCAUGGGACUGAGCCCCUAGAAGCAUUGGCGAUGAUCACCGUAUUGCGACGAAGUGGCGCUUACGUGACGGUGGCUUCCGUUGAGAAUCAGGUUGGCGUUGAUGCUUGUCAUGGAAUCAAGAUGGUCGCCGACACUCUCCUCUCUGACAUUACCAACUCUACUUUCGAUCUUAUCAUGCUCCCCGGAGGGCUUCCCGGCGGCGAGACUCUUAAAAAUUGCAAACCAUUAGAGAACAUGGUAAAGAAACAAGAGACAGAUGGGCGACUUAACGCAGCUAUCUGUUGUGCUCCUGCUUUGGCUCUUGGUACUUGGGGUUUACUAGAGGGCAAAAAAGCAACAUGUUACCCGGUGUUUAUGGAGAAACUUGCAGCUACUUGUGGAACUGCUAGUGAAUCAAGAGUGGAGAUAGAUGGAAAGAUAGUGACCAGUCGAGGACCAGGAACCACCAUUGAAUUCUCCCUCACUCUUAUUGAGAAGUUGUGUGGGAAACAGACAGCUGUUGAUGUCUCUAGUAUCUUGCUGCCUCGUCCUAACCCUGGUGAGGAGUUUACCUUUACUGAGCUUAACCAAAUAAACUGGACAUUCGAAGAUACCCCACAGAUUCUUGUUCCCAUUGCCGAGGGAUCAGAUGAAAUUGAAGCUAUUUCGGUUGUAGAUAUCCUGAGGAGGGCAAAAGCAAAUGUAGUGAUUGCUUCAGUUAGCAACAGUUUGGAAGUUGUAGGAUCACACAAAGCUAACCUAGUCGCAGAUGUGCUUCUUGAUGAGGUUUUAGAGAAGUCAUUCGAUAUGAUUAUGUUGCCUGGUGGUCUUAACGGUGCUUCAAGAUUGUCACGCUGCGAGAAACUGGUGAACAUGUUAAAGAAACAAGCUGAAGCAAACAAACCAUAUGGAGGUAUCUGCGCGUCGCCUGCUUACGUCUUUGAGCCUCAUGGUUUACUCAAGGGUAAGAAGGCAACUACACACCCAGUGGUGAGCAACAGACUUUCGGACCAGAGUCACGUUGAUCAUAGAGUCGUUGUGGACGGAAAUCUAAUAACGAGCAGAGCUCCUGGGACUGCAAUGGAGUGUGCACUUGCGAUCGUUGAGAAGUUUUAUGGGCGCGAGAAAGCGCUUCAACUUGCUAAGGCAACGCUUGUUUAACUUCAAAAAAUUUAAAGUGUGACGUGAAAUAAAGGGUUUAGUUAUCUCUCCAUUGAUGUUGAGUGACUUUGUAAUAAGAGCUCUGGCUGAGUGGAGUAAGUGGGUAGUUAGUUUAUGGCUUUACUGAACAUGUAAUUCAUGUGUUUAAGGCAUAUUUGUUAACUUCUGGCGCAAUUAUAGAAGAAGAUAUUUUACUACCUUAAAAUAA